AAUGGAUGUUAUUCUUGGCUACGUGGAUGAAUUUAGACACAUGAAAAUUAGAAAGGUAUAAUGAGAAAUGAUAUACAUGCAGAUAAUAUUGCAAAUAGUUUCAUUAGCAAUAGUUGUAGGAUCAGCAUUGUCAAUUUGGAAGAGUUUAUAAGUCGUGUCAUUUUCAGAAUCUCCAGUUGUUGUUGUUUUAUCUGGUUCAAUGGAGCCUGCAUAUUAUAGAGGUGAUAUACUAUUCUUGACCUUCUUAAAUAAACCUUUUGAGGUUGGAGAUGUGAUAGUAUACAAGAUUAAAGAUCAAGACAUCCCAAUUGUGCAUAGAGUAUUAUAAAUUUAAUAGAAGUAAGAAUACAUAUAAUAUAGUAAAUAGAAGUGAUGAUCCUUUAGAUUAAUUAAUAUUAACCAAAGGUGAUAAUAAUUAAGUAGAUGAUAGAGCCUUAUAUCCAAGAAAAUAGAUGUGGUUAGAAAGAUCAGAUAUCAUGGGGAAAAUAGAAGGGUUUCAAUUUAUUAAUUAUUUUUUAGAGUAUUACCAUAUGUUGGAUAUAUCACAAUCUUAUUGAAUGACUAUCCUUCAUUGAAAUUUGUAAUGAUUGGUUUAAUGAGUUUAUUUGUUUUAACAGCCAAGGAUCCAUAAAGUUGAGUU